AUGAUUAUCGAGCAUGAACGUCGGGAUACGGAUUGGGGCAGAGUUGUUCCUGUUCCGAUUCCGGAACCUACCAAUAAUGGUCGUGUAUUUAUGUCAUCUCUGAAAAACCUAGAAAUGCACCUACAACUAAGAAAUGAUCUUGUCAAGCACAUUGUUGUGCGUCCUGGUAGAGGAGGCCAGGAAACGGACUUGUCUAGUUUGGAGGAUUCAGAUAUGGAAUACGUGGUACUUCCAUCAUCAAAAGGAGAUUAUGAUGAUAAAGACUUAGAGGAAGAAGUAGUUCCUGGUCAAAACGAGGAUGGAGCAUUUGAUUAUUAUGGAGAUUACAAUGAUCAAAUCCCAUAUGACUUUGAACAUGCAGUUGAACAUGUAUAUGGAGACGAGCAUGUGGGAGACGAAUAUGAACAUGAUGGAGAUGACGAUGAGGAUUCUGGCGAUGAGGAGGAUUAUGACGAUGAUGAGGACGAUGACGAUGAGGAGGACGAUGAUGAUGAGGAUUCUGACGGUGACGAUGAUGUUGCGUACGAUGAUGCGAGUAUGUAUGAUGAUGAUGAUGAUGAUGUUGAGGCAUAG